AAGUUAUGAAAAAUCCAAUUGAUUUUUGCAUAUUACACUAUAACCUAUCAUCAAUAUAAUACUUAAAUUCAAUUGAAAGGUUACUGCAUCCUCUGAUAGUUGUUGAAAGGUUCCCGGUGAUGAGAGAAUCCCGUUAGGGGCUUUUCAACCAAUCAGCCCAGGAGCUUUUGAGUUCCUGGUUGCCCACGUGGUAUGUGUUUCCAUUGCUCUAAUUAAUCCAGGGUAGCUGAAGCUAAUAAGGGCGAUAUUACUCAUUACUGACGUCUAUUGGAUCUAAAAAGUUAUUGUAUUUCAAGCUUUCAAUGUCUUUUACAUCUUAAUAUAAAUUGAUUUUGAUGGCUUUUGAACCUAACCCUUUAUCCGGGAGAGACGAUGGAGAACUGAUUCACAUUUGCAAUGCCAACAUGGCUGCAGACAAGUCUUUGGGUAAACUGGAAUGUCCAUCCAUUCAUCCAUUUUCUGAGCCGCUUAUCCUCACGAGGGUCGCAGGAGUGCUGGAGCCAACCCCACCUGUCAUCGGGCAGGAGGCAGGUUACACCCUGAACUGGUUGCCAGCCAGUCGCAAGGCACAUGGAGACAGACAACAGUUGCACUCGCAAUCACACAAACAUUUUGACCAUACCCAAAGAGAGUUGAACCAUCCUGAGAAACCUUUGAAAUGGAACGCUGUGCCUAACAUUUUUGCACACACUAAGAAAGUUGCAGCAAGACGACCCAGAAAGCAAAGAGUAGAGCCUGAUCCUCCCAAAUUUUGGAACGAGCUGGAUCAUCCGUAUGCUCAAAAAUAUAAUUGUGGGUGUGGCGCAGCUGAACUUUCAGUUUCAGACAACAAUAUGGCUGAUAUCAUUAAAGCAGAGGUAGCAGCUCAAGAUGUGGUCAAUCCUGUCCCUGCUGUACCUGCGCCACCCACUAUAACCAUUGUUCCUCUAAAUCCUGAUGACCAGAUUCGCAAACUUCAAGCUCAAAACCUCAUCUUACAAAGGAAGCUUCGGUAUGAACAACGCUUAAGAAGAUCAAUAGCAAAUGAGCGGUCUGUAAUGCAGGAGAAAAUGAUGAUGGUGUUUAACAAUAACCAGCUCGAGAAUAUGAGUAAGAAGUCAUCGUGUUCCUUCAAGUGGUCAAUGGAUACGUACAGAAAAGCCCUGAAGCUUAGAAAUGCUUGUGGAAAAACGGGUUACGAUGAACUUUUGCGUCAAGGUUACCCUCUGCCCUCGCUUCGUUCUCUGCGGCGGAAGGACGUCGUCUCCAUGGAGUCUCAAAUCCAAGAGGAGACGCUGAAGACCUCUUCAACAAAUGACAAUGAAAGAGAUUGUUCCGUUGCUUUGGAUGAGACUGCCAUCGUAAGUGACUGUCAAAAUGAUAAGAGUAGUUGCAGCUUUCGUGAAGAUGCUACUCCAGGUUCUAGUGCGACACUAACACAGACCGUUGUCCUUGUUGCCUCUUAAAGGCGAAGGUUUUUUUCACAAUUUUUUGUAAGAACCCGCCGUGCCUGAAGUAGACCCAUCAGAGACAGAAGAUUUGACCACUGAGUUGUUUUCUUUGGUAAAAACUCCAAUUGGAGGUACACGAUUGGGCCUGAGCCCCGCUCGACAGAUUUUUCUUUUAUUAAUGUAUUGCUGUCAGGUCGUCCUGGCAGCAUUAACAAAAUAAAAAGUGAAACUUC